AUGGAGUCUGAGAAGAUGCACAGAAAUAGCACCUUGCAAGGAGAAGGAAAAGGAGAAAGAACAGUCUCAGACCUCAGGUGGCCGAAGAAGAAAAAGUGUUUAGUGUCUACCAUAUCUUUAUAUCUUUCAACAACACUUUCAUCUAUGGCACCACCCACCUUUCUGGCAAAGAAGCCACCUGCCCAUGUGAUUGGUAGGAUGAAGGUGAAGGCUGGCAAAGAUGAGUCUUCUCCAUAUGCAGUCAUGUGGGCCACCCAGGAUAUGGAACAGAGGUUCAAGAGGCUGGGCAUCACUGCCCUCCACAUAGAACCCCAGUACACAGGAGGAAAGAAAAUCAAAACUCCUGGGCCUGGAUCAUAG